CUAAAUUUGGAGUUAGGUCUUAACCGCUAUGUUUUCUAUCACUAUAUUCAAGUUGUUCAAACAUGGCUGAAAUAAUAAGAUAUUUAAUUAUGUUAUUACAUUAUUGUUUAACAUAAUGUUGUUGUUGAAACAUUGUAUGGAUAUUUAAGACAUUAAAAAUGAAAAUGAUUAUUAAAAAUACCUUAGAAUUUUUUAAGCAUGUAUAAAUGUUUAUUAAACAUUUACUAUUGCCUAAAUUAGACAUUUCUACAUAUCUAAACAUUUUGAUCACAUUCGUUAGGAAUGUCAUUGACUUGUUAUGAUAAGAUAAGUUUGAUUGAUAGUAAUCGUACUUUUAAAAAUACACACAUCAGGUUUUUUGAUAAUUAUUACGAACUUGUAAAAAUCCAGGCCACCAUGGGCGAGAUACAAAGCUUAAGAAUAGAGUAUGCUUUAAGUGGGUUAGGUUUCAUGUAUGUGUUGGAGCUAUUUUUAGACUACAUGUAGAUAUAUUUAUUGCGAAAUACAAAAGCAAGUUGCAGUUACAAGUCAUUCGUUCUAUUAUUUCAUUGUAAAGUUUUGAACUGUAAUUAUAUAAGAUUUCACGGAUAUAUGAUUACAGGAAUAAAAUGAUAAUAUUUUAGCUUAUUCACUUGUAGAAACCCAGGCGUUCAAAGAUUAAAAUUAUAUGAGUUAAAAGUAUUUCCUCAUUUAUAAUCUCCCUACACCAGCAAGUUGUCUUUUUAUUUAUUUUUAGAAUGAAUUAUGCUUACGUAUUUAUUGAUUAACACUGUAUGAGAUCACAACCGAAUAAUUAUCUAGAUUUGCCAUUGAUACGACAUACCAUGAACAUAAAAACUUCCUUUCAUGGAAAUUUUAAGCUACAUGUAUUUGUGGAUGUUACGUAAUUUGAAUAAAACAGUCGUUAGACAAAUGAAGAGAUUUACAGUCAUUGAUCGAAAACAAUAAAGUGGCAUAGUCUUAUAAUAUUACCUCAACCUUUUCGACUCUAAAAUAAAUACCUGCUUGAUAGUAAAACAAGAGGUUGAAGAACAAUCCUAGUUUUUGAACGGCACAGUAAAUGAUAGGAUGGAGGUAAACUACCAGGAAAGAAAUUUUACACCAGUCUCUGAAAACCUCAUUCGACAGGUAGAAGAACAUUCGGAUCUAUGUGACAUAACAGUGAGACAUGGACAAUGGGAAAAGAAGUUUCAUCGAUGUGUUUUAUCUGCGAGUCCAUUCUUUGAUAACGUUUUUAGAGCGAAAUCAAAUUUUAUUGAAUGGGCGACAAGAGUUGUUGACCUUAAGCUCGAAACAACAACAGAAGAAGUGGAAAUGGCACUUCUGUUCCUAUAUGGACGAAACCCCAAUUUAAGUUUUGACAAUAUAGGAGGUAUACUGGAACUUGCUGAAUUUUUCAUAAUAGAAAAUUUAAAAUCGUAUUGUAUUUUUUGGCUUCAAAAUCAGACACUCACAAAUGAGAACUGUUUAUUUGUGUUGCAAUUAUCGACAAAAUACAACUUUCAACUGAAAGAUCUUGAUACAUACAUUGAAAGCAAUCUACAUGAGGUGUUUCGAAAUAAAGAUGCGACUACCAUAUCAAGGGAAUCGUUGGAAUAUUUUUUCACUGAUAAAAAGUUCACGUACGUUUCUAUGGAUGAAAAAAUUGAAUUCCUUGCUGCCUGGGUAACACACAAUCAGAGUGAAUCAGAGGAAUAUAUUCGUAGCCUGUUUAACAAAAUCGAUACAGAAGAAAUAUCCAAUAGGACCAUCGAGCGUGUAAAGAAUUUGUCUCCCUUUAAUAAAGUUAUUAAUUUUGAAGCUGUGAUACAUAGAGAAACCAAUGAAAACAAUCGACAAAAUGUUUUGAUAAUAUCUGAUAGGGAAAACUACUUUGAUUUAUUCAAUUUUCAUAAAAAUCGGUGGUAUUGGCUAAAAGACAGAAUGCAUGAGUUCAGAUAUACAUAUAUGCACGAAGAAAAUUCUGGAAUUACUGGCGUACAAAAUAGUAGUCCUGAAAUCUACUUUUAUCAAGAAGAGAAUGGAUUCUCUGAACCGUGUGUGGUCAAUAUCAAUUUAAAUACAGAUGUUAUGGAGACAUAUUAUUUCCGUUUUCCUGAUGAAGAAAUAUCAGAGACAGAACUAAGAAAUGUACGUUUGAGGAAUGAUAUUAUAAUUGGAACAGCAAGGAAAAGUGGAUAUUUUUUCAAAAAGUUAAAAGUUCAGAACACGUGUAUGCAAACUAGUGUUGAACCAACACAACAGCCUGGAUCAUCCUUCCUUCAAUUGCUCCAAGUAGACAAAAUACCUGUUGGCGCAAAUGUUACCCUCAGUAAUAAUGGUGCUAAUUUGCCUGUUCCACCGGUUAUUGACAACGACCAAUCUCUAUCAAAUCUGUCUGAAUAUAGGGGGUUGACAUGUAUGCCAAUUAUUACUUCUGAGGAAGAUUAUCCAUUGAGGCGCAACGAUUUGGAUAUAUAUUUCUCAGAACCUGUCGAAUACACAGAUCUGUAUAUUGGAUAUAUUUCUACGGGGGAACACAUUCGCCUGUUUCCGAUUUUCUCAUUGCGAAAUUUAGAUAUUUCAGAUGCAUGUAUAGGUAGCAACUCUAUCGCUGCCUUGCUGACAGAAUCUGGAAAAGUUGUUCUUUUCGAUAUGACUGUAUUCAAGAUUGAAAUAGUUGAAAUAAUACCAGAUGCAAACUAUAGAAUCAAUGAAACUGAUGAUGGAUUUUUGAUAUACAACAAUGCACUCUGUUAUUGUCUAUCGGGAGUGUCAGGACAAUCGCUGUUGGAGAAAUAUGUGCUUACAAAAUUUGACUUUGAAAAAAACAAAGGAUGGGUUGUACAAUACAAUUUUAGCAAUGGAAUGUGGCUGUCAGUUUCUUACAAGUCAAGUAUGGCGGAUGAUAUAAGGAUGCAGUUCAUAAGCCAUGAAAAAAUAUUACAAAGUCAAUUUCAAAAUGUAACAUGGGAAUCUAUAUCCCUUCCAGAAGACGUUAACAUACGUAAGAACAUUCAGAAAAAUAAGAAACUUUUUGUUAUACCAAUAUCAACAAGUAAACUGCGAUGUCCUACUGCAUGUCCACAUUGCACUUUUAAACAAAAAUCCGUUCCCUUAAUGUCUGAUGAUUCAUCAUCGAAUUCAUAUGAAGAUGAAUAUUUAGAUUGAUUUUCAAACGGAUGAUAACGUUGAUUGAUUGUGUAUCAUGGCACUCCAACAUCUAAUGAGUCUUUCCUGUCAUCACUGAAUAAAUAUUUCUUACAAUAAUUUUCCAACAGUCUGUAUAUCUAUAUCCAUAUUCAUAAAAAAAUACAAAAUUGGUAAAAACGUGAUGAACGACUUAUAAUAGCAA